GACUCAGUGAGGGUUUGUGCGGCGGCGGUUGACAUCCCCCCCCUCCGGUCGCAGUGCCGUUACAGCGUCGCGAAGGCGUUCCCAGGCGCGAGGCGGUGCAGUGGGGAGGGCGCCGCUGGGGGCGUGGCCUGCUGACGCAUUGCGGCUCGGCAAGCUGGGGAUCGGGAUCCCCGUCCGUGCAGAUCCUACUCCGAGCGCAGUCCGGUCCGGUCCGGGAGCCGGCCGAACGACGGGUUUGCUAGAAUCGUGCAGCCGCGAUCAGUGAAGCGCUUCGUCUUUCUUUAAAGAUGGCCGAGGAACGGCCGUGAGCCUGCGCCGUGGCUGCCAGCUCAUUAUAACACAGCCUCCGCUCACUGUUGGAUCUUUCCUCCACUUCUUCCUCGGCCCUUGAAUCGCGGACGGCAGGAUGUCGCAGGGGCAGGAUGAGAGCUCCGUGCGGGUGGCUCUGAGGAUCCGACCUCAGCUGCCCCGGGAGAAGAUCGAGGGAUGCCACAUCUGCACGUUCGUGACGCCGGGCGAGCCCCAGGUCAUCCUGGGCAAGGACAAGGCGUUUACGUACGACUAUGUGUUCGACAUGGACACACAGCAGGACGCCAUCUAUGCCAACUGCACAGAGAAGCUGAUCGAGGGCUGUUUCGAGGGCUACAACGCUACCAUCUUCGCCUACGGACAGACGGGCUCGGGGAAGACCUACACUAUGGGCACGGGGUUCGACGUGAGCAUCGCCGACGAGGAGCUGGGCAUCAUCCCGCGUGCUGUGGUGCACCUCUUCAAGGGCAUCGAGGAGCGGCGCCAGGCUGCCAUCGAGCAGGGCCGCCCCGUUCCUGAGUUCAAGAUCAGCGCCCAGUUUCUGGAGCUAUACAAUGAGGAGGUGCUGGACCUCUUUGACUCCACACGUGACCUUGAGGCCAGGAAGCAGAAAUCCAACAUUAAGAUUCACGAGGACGCCAAUGGAGGAAUAUACACAGUUGGGGUGACCACUCGAAUGGUCACCUCGGAGACCGAGAUGAUUCAGUGCCUGAAGCUUGGUGCCCUCUCCCGCACCACGGCCAGCACCCAGAUGAAUGUCCAGAGUUCCCGCUCUCAUGCCAUCUUCACCAUCCACCUGUGCCAAGUGCGCGUCUGCACACCGGACAAUCAGGAGAUGGACAACAGGAUGGCCAACGGUUCCUCUGAGAUGAACGAGUUUGAGACACUGACAGCCAAGUUUCACUUUGUGGACCUGGCUGGUUCCGAGAGACUGAAGAGAACCGGAGCAACAGGAGACCGUGCCAGGGAGGGCAUCUCCAUCAACUGCGGGCUGCUAGCUCUGGGCAAUGUCAUCAGCGCUCUUGGGGACAAAAGCAAGCGAUCGACACACGUGCCUUACCGCGACUCCAAGCUGACCCGCCUCCUUCAGGACUCCCUGGGAGGGAACAGCCAAACGGUGAUGAUCGCAUGCAUCAGCCCCUCGGACCGCGACUUCAUGGAGACCCUGAACACACUGAAAUAUGCCAACCGGGCCCGCAACAUCAAGAACCGCGUCAUGGUGAACCAGGACAAGGCCAGCCAGCAGAUCAGUGCCCUGCGGACCGAGAUCGCCCGCCUGCAGAUGGAGCUCAUGGAGUACAAGACGGGCAAGCGCAUCGUGGGCGAGGAUGGCAUCGAGAGCAUCAAUGACAUGUUCCACGAGAACUCCAUGCUGCAGACCGAGAACAAUAAUCUGCGUGUGCGCGUCAAGGCCAUGCAGGAGACCAUCGAUGCACAGAGGGCCCGUCUGACGCAGCUGCUCAGCGACCAGGCCAAUCAGGCACUGGCCAGGGCAGGGGAAGGGAAUGAGGAGAUUGGGAACAUGAUACAGAACUACAUCAAGGAAAUCGAAGACCUCAGGGCCAAGUUGCUGGAGAGCGAGGCGGUGAACGAGAACCUGAGGAAGAACCUGUCUCGCGCCUCCACGCGGUCCUCAUUCUAUGGCGGCCCAGGCUCCUUCUCCCCCGCCCUCCUGGCCCCUGAGAAGGAGACAUCUGACAUCAUCGAAAUCGCCAAGAAGGACCUGGAGAAACUGAAGAGGAAGGAGCGCCGGAAGAAGAAGAAGCUCCAACUGCUGGAGGAGAGUCGGCAGGAGGAGGUUGAGGAUGACAGUGUGAUCAAGGAGGAGCUUCCUGACAAUGAGCAGGACAAGGCAGCAGACAUGGAGCUGUGUGAACGAGCCAUCGAUGAUGGCAAAAUGGAGGUGCAAGAGGGAAGUGACCACGAAGAGGGGGAGGAGGAGGAGGAAGAGGAAGAGGAGGAAAUGGAAGCAGAGGAGAGCUCUGAUGAGUCUGACUCUGAGCUUGAUGAGAAAGAGAACUUCCAGGCAGACCUGGCCAACAUCACAUGUGAGAUCGCCAUCAAGCAGAAGCUGAUCGAUGAACUGGAGAACAGCCAACGGAGGCUGCACACGCUCAAGCAGCAGUACGAGCAGAAACUGAUGAUGCUGCAGUGCAAGAUCCGGGAUACUCAGCUGGAGAGGGACCGCGUGCUACACAACAUGGGUUCGGUGGAGACCUUCACCGAGGAGAAGGCCAAGAAGAUCAAGGCCGAGUAUGAGAAGAAGCUGAGCCUGAUGAACAAGGAGAUGCAGAAGCUGCAGUCGGCCCAGAAGGAGCACGCCAGGCUACUGAAAAACCAGUCACAGUACGAGAAGCAGCUGAAGAAGCUGCAGCAGGACGUGGUGGAGAUGAAGAAGACCAAGGUUCGCCUCAUGAAGCAGAUGAAGGAGCAGCAGGAGAAGAACCGCAUGACCGAGUCAAGACGGAACCGUGAGAUUGCUACCCUGAAAAAGGACCAACGCAGACAAGAGCAUCAGCUCAAGCUUCUAGAGGCACAGAAGCGACAGCAGGAGCUGAUCCUGCGCAGGAAGACCGAGGAGGUCACCGCCUUGCGGCGUCAGGCGAGGCCAGCGUCGGGGAAGGUGAACCGCAAGGUGAGCUUACCGGAGCCACUCCAGGACCCCUCCCAUCGGACCCCUGCUGGCCGCAUGCUCUCUGGUGGCGGUGUGGUGGCUCCCAACGGAUCCAGGAAGUACCAGCAACGCCUCGGUGGCGUGUACUCCACCAGGAUGGCCCGGACCAAGUGGCAGUCCCUGGAGCGUCGUAUCUCUGACAUCAUCAUGCAGAGGAUGACCAUCUCCAACAUGGAAACUGACAUGAACCGACUUCUCAAGCAACGUGAAGAACUGACCAAACGGAGGGAGAAGGUUUCCAAGAAGAGAGACAAAAUCGCCACAGAGGGGGCGGACGCAGACAAGACGGUGCAGGCCCUGAACGAGGAGAUGGAGUCCCUGACAGCCAACAUCGACUACAUCAAUGACAGCAUUGCUGACUGCCAAGCCAACAUCAUGCAGAUGGAGGAGGCGAAGGAGGAGGGUGACACCGUGGACGUGACGGCCGUGAUCAGCUCCUGCACCCUCUCGGAGGCCCGUUACCUGCUAGACCACUUCCUGUCCACGGCCAUCAACAAGGGACUGCAGGCGGCCCAGAAGGAGUCGCAGAUCAAGGUGAUGGAGGGCCGCCUCAAGCAGACGGAGAUCAACAGUGCCACUCAGAACCAGCUGCUGUUCCACAUGCUGAAGGAGAAGGCGGAGUUCAACCCCGAGCUGGAUGCCCUGCUUGGCAACGCGCUGCAAGAGCUGGGUAACAUACCAGCAGAGAAUGGAGAAGAGAGCAGCAGCGACGAGUCUGCGCAGAGUCCUGCGGCCGAAGGGAGCUCCCUGGCUUCCGACCUCAUGAAACUCUGCGGGGAGGGCAGACAGAGGAGUAAGGCUCGCAGAAGGACCACCACCCAGAUGGAGCUGCUCUAUGCCAACAGCACCGACCCCUCAUCUGAUGUAUCUGCUGGCGAAUUCUCCUCCCCCCUCCUUCCAUUGGCUGAGACCCAGGAAGGGGGCGGGGACCCAGAGGGCACCGGGGUGUCCCAUAGGGAUAGGGACUUCCUGGGUCCUGCUGCAGGCUUGUCCUUAAAGCUGGGUAGCAUCUCCAGUGCACGGCCUCUCCCGGGGGCUGAGAGGAGACCGCCUGAGCCCUCCCCUCUCACCAGGAGGAAGAUGUAUGAGAAGGCCCAAAUGGCAGUCGACAAGGUCAAGGGCAAGGAGAUGAAACACCCCGACUCAGGGACCCCCGAGGCCGGCGCGUCCCUCCCCUCCCCUCCGGGCCGCUUCCAGCAGAACGUUUUUAAUCGCCUAACGCUUCCUCUCGAGAGUGCAGAUCCUCCACUCAAUAAAGGCGUGAUCAACCCUGUGCCGUCAUCCAAAAGCGGCCGGGCAGCGACACUGCAGUGUGUCCACGUGGCCGAGGGACACAGCAAGGCCGUGCUCUGCGUCGACUGCACCGACGACCUGCUCUUCACUGGCUCCAAGGACCGCACCUGUAAGGUGUGGAACCUGGUGACUGGGCAGGAGAUCAUGUCCCUAGGGGCUCACCCUAACAACGUGGUGUCUGUGAAGUACUGUUCCAGCCUGGUCUUCACCGUCUCUACCUCAUACGUCAAGGUCUGGGACAUUCGGGAUUCGGCCAAGUGCAUCCGGACACUGACGUCUUCCGGUCAGGUGAACACCGGCGACGCCUGUGCGGCCAACACUAACCGCACCGUCACCAUCCCAGCGGGGGAGAACCAGAUCAACCAGAUCGCCCUGAACCCCACGGGCACCCUCCUGUACGCAGCGGCUGGCAACUCUGUCCGCAUGUGGGACCUGAGGAAGUUCGUGUCCUUAGGGAAGCUCACUGGGCAUCUUGGCCCAGUUAUGUGUCUUACAGUGGACCAGACAAGCAAAGGUCAGGAUCUGGUCAUCACUGGUUCUAAGGACCAUUACAUUAAGAUGUUUGACGUGUCGGAGGGCACGCAGGGCAGCGUGAGCCCCACACACAACUUCGAGCCCCCCCAUUACGACGGCAUCGAGUCGCUGACCGUGCAGGCGGACGAGCUGUUCAGCGGCUCCCGGGACAACGGGAUCAAGAAGUGGGAUCUGUCCCGCAAAGACUUGCUGCAGCAAGUGCCAAAUGCCCACCGCGACUGGGUGUGCGCGCUGGGCCUGGUGCCCGGCUGCCCUGCCCUGCUGAGCGGCUGCAGAGGGGGGGUGCUCAAGCUGUGGCACUCGGACACGCUGGCGGCCUUGGGGGAGAUCCGAGGGCACGAGAGCCCCAUUAAUGGCAUCUCCACCAACAGCACCCACCUCUUCACCGCCUCCGAUGACCGGACGGUGAAGAUCUGGCGCGGGAGGGGGUCCAUCGACGGCAUGGCAGAUGCGCUCGAUGCCACGGAAGACGUCGCCAGUAACUGAGCAGGGUGUGCGACCCAUAUGACUUGGAGAGGUUCCUGGGGGGGAGGGGGUCCUGAAGCGAAGGCCAGCAGCACGACGCACUUUGGGGGGGGGGAGGCUGGGGGUGGUGGUGAUGGGGAGUGGCCUGGACCCAAGCCUGUCUGGUCCAUCUGCAAUGUCAUGUCCAAAGUGAAACGGGACCGUUACAGCUGAUGUCUCCCGUUCGGCUCAUGAUGGACGUCCCUGGACGUGUCUCACUGCUUGCGUCCUCUUCCCCAAUCCAUACUCAAAGCUGUAUAGUGUCCUGAUAGGAAGCUCAACACAAGUGGGUCCAACACGAAAGGCGUAGGGGCGAGGUGUCCAACAGCCGGUCCCAAACCAGUCCACAGAAGACAUGUCCGUGACUCAGUGUAGAGUUCAGUCAGACUGUAUAUCGAGUUUCUGUCGUCUUAAGUGAGAGUGACUUCAUGUUAACAGAAACUAAACCACCAAGGUUUGCUUUGAUGUCAGACAGUUAGUGUGAACAGUCCUGGGUUCCUCUCAGCAGUAACUGCGCUACUCACAGUAUUCAGAGCGUGAUGUUUCCUCUGUUCUCCCCAGCGUUGUUCUUCAUAUCCCUUCUAGCCUUCACUGAUCAUUGUCAUCCACACAUUCUCUAACAUGAUGCUGUUGAAAGCCUAGAAGAUCUGACUAGAUGUUCCUGCUGCUGCAUCUGCAUACUAACCAGUAUAUCCCACAUGUGAGGCCCACCCCACAGGUGCAAGCUGUACAUAUCCUUCCAUGCGAGGACAGAGAGCUCUCCGUAAGCCUAAUUCUGUAGACAUUUCAGUAACACUACAUCUUCAUGUGCAACGAGCCCUUUCUUCCUGUGUAGGUUCAUUCACGUUUGUGGUUCGGCCUUUGACCUUCGUCUGCAGCUUUAUGUAUAUAAGAGAUCUGUUUUUUUUUUCCUCCCGAUUCUUAGCUGCAGAAAAAUGCCUGUCUAGCAGUUCUAAUGUCAGAUGCAGCGUGAAAUAAAUGUCAUCUGUCAAAAUCAAGUUGAGGGAGGGUUGCUCUGUGUCGUCGAAUGGGUGGACGUCGGGUGACAGGCUCGCCCUGGAUGCAUUUCUGGGGAAUGCAUCAUGUGCCUUCGGAAUCGGGCAAUUUCAGGCACAGGAAGGCUGCCACAUGCGGCAGGAAAUGACACGUGUGCCUUUGUGACUCAGCGCCUGAACGCCUCAUCAAACGGGGCGACGCUGAGGAACAGCCAAUGUUUACUGAGGUUUACAGCCGUCAUCACAGAACAUGCUUUUAGAGAUGGUCAGGCUGCUAUUAGAUAACACCAACACCACCUGUUCCAUGUUUCUUGAAACAAAUAUAAAGUUUUGGCACUGUCCUAGGUGUAAAUUAAAGGGUUCAAAUCUCCAGUCUCCCUGUAGGUGGGAUGCGUACAGUGCAAUAUAUAGAGUUAUCACUAGGUGGCAGUGUUCUGUCACAAUAGGCCUUUGGCUUUCAUUGCUUUGCUGUCCAGAAGGAAAUACCCACAGAAGGGAAGCACAAGCUCACAUUCAGGCCUGGGCUCUGGACUCCUUUCCUAGUAUCUCUGAUGAAGGGUCACUUCCUCACACAAACCACAGAAGACUCAACACGGCAAAGCAGUGCUUCGUGUGUCUGAACCGAACGGCUGCAGCACAGUAGCAAUCGGAAAAUGAUGCAGCCUGGUAAGUGUGAAUGUUUAGCAUAAAGGGCACUCGGCUGGGAUUACAUGGUGAAAGAUUCUCAAGCUUAACCAGGCUGAUGAUUAGGGCUGCAUGUGUGCUACAGGGCACCCAGGAAUAGUACAGACAUAUCACGGAGACUCCAGUAUCUGGGGUUACUUUAUAAUUAUUUCUGGGAUUACUGUUGCAAUGAUCUUCUCAUGGGUGCCAUAAAAAUUAAAAUACCUGGGGUUCAAAAAUAUAUGAGUCUGUAGGCUUAGCAUGUUCAUGGGAGUUUUACUUAAAUGAAAUUGUUCUGUGGGCAGAAGAAAUGAUUGGUUCAGAGAAUUAACCAAACAGAUUGUACAAUUUGAUUGUGUAAUCUCUCUGAACCAAUCAUGUUUCCUUAUGCUCUCAUAACAUUUUUGCAUAAGUAAGAUUCCCACGAGUGCUUAGCAAACCUUGGUGCUCAUUCAUCCUCACACAAAGCUUCACAAACUUUGAAAAAGGUUCACUGUUGGUCAUUAAUGUAGCCCGAGAGAUGACAACAUAUUUUAGUGCAAACUUAAAACUUCUGGAGUGAUUUGUACAAUUAUGGAACAGUGUUCUAUACAUUGCUAGUGGUUUAUAGUUAAGUUUCUGCAUGAAUAAAGGGAUAGUUUUGCAUAUACGGGUGGGCUUUAUAGAGAGUGUUCCUGGUGAGUCUAACCUAUAGGGCUGAUUGAUCUAUGAACAACUGCAGUCUAGGGUUCUUGUCUGGGGGGUUCAUUUUAAGGCGUCUGACGUGAACACAAUCUCUUUCCCUCCUCUGGUUUUCCUAAGCUUUCAAAGAGCCAAAAGAGCGAGGGUUAAUUAGGGUAAGGCCCCCCUGCGGGUGAGCGGACUCCGGUCAAUAUGCCAGGAGGGGUCGGGCUGGAGCCACGCGGCCAGCGGCCUGGCCCCCCCACGGGAGGAAAUCGAUGGGCUCUCCCACACUUCAACCAGACGCGGCCCGGCCGACCAGUGCUGGUGGCGUCUCACAGCGCUCCCCCCGCUGGUGAGAGAAGAAAGCACAAAAAGCCCCUAAGCAUCCAAGGCUGCUGUGGACACAGAAGAUUGAAAAUCAAAAAAAAAAAAAAAAAAACAACAUGAAGGGCAUCCUGCUGUUUCUAUUG